AUGUCUAGUAGCAACAAAGAUCUUGCAGGCAAAGUCGCUAUCGUCACCGGUUCCAGCCGUGGCAUCGGCGCCGCAAUAAUCCUCAAGUUCGCCUCGCGAGGCGCAGACGUCGCAAUAAACUACAUUUCAUCCAAAGAAGCCGCCGAAUCCGUCGCAACCCAAGCCCGCACCUACGGCGUCCGCGCCAUAACCCUCAAAGCCGACGUAUCCAGCGAGACCGAAGUACCAGCGAUGUUCGAGACCCUGAUGAAAGAAUUUGGCCGUCUCGAUAUCGUCGUCAGUAACUCGGGCAUCGAGCAUUUCGGCUCCCUGACCGAGGUGACGGGUGCGGAUAUCGAUGCCGUUUUCGCGGUUAAUGUUAAGGGGCAGUAUUUUGUUGCUCAGCAGGCGUAUAAGUAUAUGGCGGAUUUUGGGAGGGUUAUGCUUACUUCGUCGAUUUCUGCUGUGAAGGGCGUUCCUAGACAUGCAGUCUAUGCUGCUUCUAAAGCAGCCGUUCAGGGAAUGACUAAGUGUCUUGCUGUGGAUUUUGGACCGCGCAAUAUCACGGUGAACUGUAUUGCUGCUGGUGGCGUGAAGACCGAUAUGUAUGCUGAAAUGGCCGCGAAAUACAUCCCCGGCGGUGCGGAUAUGAGUGAAGGUGAGAUUGAAGCCAUGCUGUCAAAGUGGUCGCCGCUCGGUCGAGUUGGACUUCCGGAUGAUGUAUCUGGCGUUGCUGCGUUGAUCGCUAGUCCUGAUUCUCAAUGGUUGACAGGUCAGACAUUCCAGGUAUCGGGUGGAGCGUUUAUGGCUUAG